UGACCAACAGCAAGCAUGACCGCAGACGGCAUGGCUACUGUAAACAACGUUACCUUAUCAAAGUUACAGUCGUUAAAUGGCAUUUUUGCCAUAUAUAAGAAACAGGGACCCACCUCUGCCGACGUAUUAAAUAUGCUUAAACAGAAGCUUUUAAACGAGGCUGGUGUAGCUAAUGCUAACCAUCGAAAGAGGAAAAAACAAGCUUUAAAACUUGGCCAUGGUGGUACGCUAGACAGCACUGCUUCUGGUGUUCUGGUGAUUGGAAUUGGCCAAGGAACAAAGAUGCUUACGACAAUGCUUACUGGAUCAAAGAAAUACACAGCUGUUGGGGAGCUGGGCAAAGCAACUGACACUCUGGACUCAUCUGGAAGUGUUGUUCAAGAGAAGCGCUAUGACCACAUCACAAGAGAGGCUUUUGAAGAGAAGAUGAAGGAGUUUAUUGGUGAAAUCAUGCAGGUCCCCCCACUUUACUCAGCCCUGAAGAAAGAUGGCAAGCGCCUCUCUGUCCUGUUAAAACAAGGCCAUGUGGUGGAAGCUAAACCUGCACGCCCUGUUACAGUUUACAGCCUCUCGUUACAAGACUUCAGUCCACCGCUUUUCAGUCUGGAUAUUGAAUGUGGUGGAGGGUUUUAUGUCAGAAGCCUGGUGGAUGAUUUGGGGAAAGCUUUGUCCUCAUGCGCUCAUGUGCGGGAACUGACACGCACCAAGCAGGGGAGGUUCACUCUGGAGGAGCAUGUUCUACAGGAGGAGCGCUGGACCUUCCGGGACAUCUCCCAGUCCUUGCAGCCCUGCCCGGAGCCCACAGCUGUGCAGAAGAAUGGGAAGAGAGGCAAGGCCCGGGACAGCUGUUCCCAGCCUGGUUCUGAAUGUGCUGAUCCUAGUCCCGAGAGAGCUGGGGGUGCUGGUAGAGAUUGCUGUCCUGCCGACUAGAGACUCUCUCAAACUGCACGCCCCCUUCUUGAAGAAGCUGGAAGGAAUGAUCAUAGUUAUCUAAUUCUGAAUCUUUAAUUCUAUGGUUAGACUAUUUUUAGAAGUAAAAUAACAAUGCACUGAAUGAGGAGGGUAAACCUGAUCCUCUCCAUAACAAACACCUUCUUGACUUACACACAUGGUGGUAUUAUUUUGCAUUGAGUUGGCUGCCAUCCUUAUGCGUCAUCCAAAGAUAGUAAUUAUUACGCAAGCGAUGUGGAGUGAGUCUAAAAUUCUCUUUGAUUUUUAUGGCAAAACGCCACCUGGCAGCAUAUGAUCUUCAUUAUGAUUACUUAGGAGUUUUCAUUGUCAUUGUGAAGUCUAGUUGGGACUUAAGUACUUGCAUGGUCUUUUUACAUUUUCUUUAUUAUUUAAGUCUGCCGUAUAUUCUGGUGGUGAUGUUUCAGUUGAAGUCACGAUUGAUAUCUUUCUAUUAAAUGUUAUUUUUGCUUGGCAAUAAAACUUAUUGGAACAGGU